UUUUUUCUCAAUUGUACAAUAAAAUUGCAAUUUCUUCGCUAAGUUACUAUUGUGUUUUUAAGCUAGUUGAAAAAAACAAGAAAAAUUACUAAUUGAAUUUUUCCCCAAGAAAAGAAACGAUUGGCCACUCAUUAGCAAAAAAAAUCUAAGUAAAUGCAAGUGUUUAAGCAAUAAUUAAUAAAAGUGAUAAAAGAAAGAAAUCAAAAGAAUUAAAACGCAAAAAAGAUCCAUUCACCAUUAAAACCAUUAAGUAGCAGUUAAAAGAAAAAACAAAACACGUGUGAUUAACCGUCCUCUAAGGAAUAAUUACCACACCAGCAUUAAUUUAAACAUUCUCAGCUCUAAAGAAUUCUUUUUUGUUUUUGUAUAUUUUCUUAUACGUCUCUAAUUUCUUUAUUAAGAAUUAAAAUUUCUUUUUUUUUAUAAGUAAAAAUCGUAUUUUUUGUUUGUUUGAACGAGAAAAAGAACACCAAACAAAAGAGAAAAUAAAAACUUAAACUUUCCAUUUAAAGAAAAAGAAAUAAAAACAAACUAAACCAACAACAAAAAACACAGCAAUAAUGGCAACAACACCACGUUCGGGUGGCUCGGCAGGCGGCACAGCUCAACGUCCCAAUGGUACAUCUCAAAAUAAAAGUUGCCAAUUUAAAUUGGUUUUAUUGGGCGAAUCGGCUGUGGGUAAAUCAUCGCUGGUCCUACGUUUCGUUAAGGGACAAUUUCACGAAUACCAAGAAAGCACGAUAGGAGCUGCAUUCCUAACACAAACCAUAUGUAUAGAAGACACAGUGGUUAAAUUUGAGAUAUGGGAUACUGCAGGACAAGAAAGAUACCACAGCUUAGCUCCCAUGUAUUAUAGAGGUGCGCAGGCCGCUAUUGUUGUGUAUGAUAUACAAAAUCAAGACAGUUUUCAACGUGCAAAGACCUGGGUCAAGGAACUGCAUAAACAAGCCUCACCUAAUAUUGUUAUUGCCUUGGCUGGUAAUAAAGCAGAUUUAUCAAAUAUACGUGUUGUAGAAUAUGAAGAAGCUAAACAAUAUGCCGAAGAAAAUGGUUUGUUAUUUAUGGAAACAUCAGCAAAAACUGGCAUGAACGUAAACGAUAUUUUCUUGGCUAUUGCUAAGAAAUUACCUAAAAACGACGGAGCCAAUAAUCAAGGUGCUGGUGCUGGUAGAAGACUAAAUGAAAAUGAAAAUAACCGACAGACGAACAAUUGCUGCAAGUGAUGUCUUUUUGUAG